AAACCUGAGGUUCAAGCGCUUGUUUGCCACGUUUUGCUUGUUUCUAUAGGUUUUAAAUAGUCAAACAUCUUAAGACUUAAGAAUAGAAUUUGUUUUAACUAGAUUUUGUUUUUAAUAUUUUUACCAUUUUUUGGGGGGAUAAGAUAAGAUAAUAUUGUUUAAGCGUUAAAACUGGCCUGUUUUAAGUCCCCUAAGUGGAUAUAUUUAAGGGCCACUGUCCAAUUUUACUGAUCACUUUGUCAAUUUAGUCAUAUUUCCAGUAUUUUAACAAAAUUAUUUUUUACCGUUUGAAUAGUUGAACAUCUUACAAUCUGUUUUAAACAAUCUCUUAGAAAAUGCCAAUGUUUAAUUGUUAGAAAUUCCCAAUUAUUAAGCGGCUCCGUCGUCCAAUAGCAGCGCUUGAUUUCAGCACGUGCAACGCGGUUUAAAAGUAAGCGUCUCGUCGUUUUUAAAUCAACCGUUUUUUACCGGUGAAAAGAUACGUUGCGCAGCAGAAAGCGGCCUUUAAUUGGGUACACAUGUUAAAAUCUGAAAAUCUAAUUUAACACGUUUUAAAUAGUUUUUAACUCAUUUUAUUUAAGAAAAACUAGCUUUUAACCGUUUCUUGUUGGAAGUGGCCCGUUGUCCAGACGUUUCCAGCCGCCAGCACGCGGUCCAGCACCCCCACACCACCAGAGCCCAGCUCCGCGAGUCCAGCCCGAGUCCAGCCGCCUGGGUGUUAGCAGAAGCCCGCGCUGUCGCCGUGCUGCUCCCGGUUGUCCAGUAAAAGUGGGCACAUGUUGUUGGCGGUCGGUGUCACUGCUGUGCGCUGCCGGGCAUUGCCGAGUAGGACACCGAUGCUGCGCCGCCAGGGGAAGCAGAAAGGCCGCCGUCGAGUCUUGCUGAGUGACCUGAAGGCUCUGCUGCUCAGGCCGCCGCCGCUCACACCCAUGAACGGCCAGCAGGCGGCGGGGAGCGCCGGGGCCAGCAGCGCCGAGUGGAGCCGAGCCGCCGGAGGGACAGAGGGGACCGGGGGGACCGGGGACAGCACGGGCGGAGACGGGGACAGCCCCGCCCAGGACUGCCCCAAAGAGAAAGUGGAUAAACUGGACAAACUGGGAGAGAGAGCGUCCCUCAGCAGCUACACCGACAGCGGGGCCAGGACGCCCCUCUGCAGGAUCUGCUUCCAGGGACCUGAACAGGGGGAGCUGCUGAGUCCGUGCCGCUGUAGUGGUUCAGUGCGCUGCACUCACGAGCCGUGCCUGAUAAAGUGGAUCAGUGAGAGAGGAUCCUGGAGCUGUGAGCUGUGCUACUACAAGUACCAGGUCAUCGCCAUCAGCACCAAAAACCCACUACAGUGGCAGGCUAUCUCACUGACAGUGAUUGAGAAGGUACAGAUAGCGGCGGCUGUGCUUGGCUCCCUCUUCCUAAUUGCCAGCAUUUCCUGGCUGGUGUGGUCUUCUCUUAGUCCUUCAGCCAAGUGGCAGCGGCAGGACCUGCUCUUCCAAAUCUGCUAUGCCAUGUAUGGCUUCAUGGACCUGGUGUGCAUCGCCCUGAUCGUGCACGAAGGCCCGUCCGUGUUCCGCAUCUUCAACCGCUGGCAGGCGGUAAACCAGCAGUGGAAGGUGCUCAACUACGACAAGCUGAAGGACACUGAGGACCCCCAGAAGGGUGGAGCCAGCAGCACCCUGCGCUCCUUCACCCUGCCCCUCAGCCACCGGGUCGGGGCGUCCACGUCCCCGCCCAAUGGCUCCGGCCCUUCCCCUUCUACUUCCUCUCUAAUGGGGGUCACCACGGCAACGGCCACCCCCGGCACUGCCAUACCGCUACCGCCGGUCGCCCCGGAAACGGAGGAGUCGUCGGAGGCAGAGAACGGACCGGCCAGCCUGGCCGAACAUCACUGUGCUUACAACCUCCUGCAGCUGCUCAGCCAGCACCUUCGGCCUCAGGAGCCACGCCCACCUCCUGCUGCCGUGGCAGCGCCGGCUGGACAGGCGGCAAAUGGCAAUCGUGAACUGGUCAUGAGGGUCACUACGGUCUGAGAACCGGUCAGGUGGGCGGGACUUAAAAAUACAGUUCAAAUACAGUUCAAAUACUUCACAGUGCUUCAUUAAGGAGGGAAGGUUUUUGGUUUUGGUUUUAGUUUUCAAGGAUGUACGUUUUUUGUAACAAGAAAAACAAACAUAAAAUAGAACUACAGAUAGAACUAAGUUAAGGGUCAAAAGGUCAAGAGGUCAAGCUCAGAUUGAAGCACAUGCAUGUGUGUGAUUGGUUUAUUAAUUAGAGCUGGAAUCGAUACAAGAACAGGCUCAGGAAGUGACCAGCCAGUAUUUUUCUGAAGCACAAACCUAAGAAAGAAAGCAAUGCGAGUGCAGCGCACACAACAGCGUUUGACGAGCAUUAUGGGAUGACGGUAAGUGGUCAUGGUACUUUGAUAUUGAUAAAUGAAAAAAAGAAAAAAAAAAGACUUUGUGAAGUGAAGAACACACACUGAAGCAAAGUUUUUUUUUUUGUGAGUUUACAUCAAAACCCAACCAGGCUGCUUUCAAACGGGUCAGCCUGACCUUAAUAACGAACUCUUCCGGACUGUGACCUCGGUGACCUUUCUCACUACGGACACCACACGUAGCCAUCGUACCCCAGUGGAGAUACCCGAUACCCAAUACCCCACCCGACCAACGUGGCCCGAUCCGAUGGACGCUCGGCCAUCUUGUUUGGCGGACGACUUUUGUUUACGUUUGUUAAAAUACGUGAAGAAAAAUAAAAAACGGGAAAAAAAAAUAACAUGCAUUGCUACAUUAAAAAGAAAAAGAAUGAGUGCAAUGUA